GUCUAUCCAGCUAGACCAGGCCACCAUGUCGCAAGCAGCAGACAACCAGAGCGACAACACCAACGCAUCCAGCAUCUUCCCCGUCGUCGCAUCCACCAUCGCAGAAUCACCAAAACUCAUCCAGUCCCUUUCCGGCUACUUCACCUUCAUCGUCUCAAAGCCUCAGGAAAACGCAUCCACGUACUACGCCCUCCUCAACGGCCAAAAGCAAGCUCCAGUCUUCUCCACUGAACCACCCAUUGCCGCCAUCAAACAACGCACACCCAACCUCAAGUCCUCUUCUACGUUUCGUAAACACAAAGUGCGCAAGCUACCAGCCUGUGUGAUUUACAUCAGUGACAAGGAUCUCCUCGCGUGGGUCUCUGGUGGGCUGAGUACACGCAGGGGUAUUGUCGGUGGUCGUAUUCAAGUGCUGGGAGAAGUGGAACUUGCCUUUGAGGUGGAGAAGCUCUGGCAGGCAGCAGGCGGUGGCUCGAGGGUGCGUGAGUUUAUGCAUGAGCGACGGAGUGCAUCAGAGACGGGGAGUGGCAGUAAGCUGUAGGGUGCAGCUGUUGCUCACUGUCCUCUUCUGUGUCUUUGCUUCUCAUCUGUCCAUGUGCUCUCCCUCUACUCCCUCUACUCUUCUCUACUCCAGCCGCUCCCCCAGCUAGUCCACCCCUCUACCCAUCUACAUGUAUAGCAAAAGCACUCCUCCUC